AUGGACGAGUUAGAGUUUCUGAAUGCUGUGCGAGAAGGAGACGUGCAGACCGUGAGGAGGCGUCUUCAGGCUGGGAGGGACGUCAAUAAGAGGUUCACAAGGUCUCUGUAUGGCUGGACCGCACUCCAUAAGGCCAGCAGUAGCUGGAACACUGAGAUGGUGAAGCUGCUGAUUAAACUCGGCGCUAAUGUGGAGACGAGGAGUGCGGAUGGCGGGACCGCACUCCAUAUGGCCAGUAGGAGCGGGAACACUGAGGUGGUGAAGCUGCUGAUUCUACAUCGCGCUAAUGUGGAGGUGACGAGCAAGGAUGGUAGGACCGCACUCCAUAUGGCCAGUAGGAGCGGGAACACUGAGGCGGUGAAGCUGCUGAUUCAACAUCGCGCUAAUGUGGAGGCGAAGGACCAGUCUGGCUGGACCGCACUCCAUAUGGCCAGUAGGAGCUGGAACACUGAGAUGGUGAAGCUGCUGAUUCUACAUCGCGCUAAUGUGGAGGCGAAGGACAUGGAUGGCAGGACCGCACUCCAUGAGGCCAGCUUGCACGAGGACACUGAGAUGGUGAAGCUGCUGAUUCAACUUGGCGCUGAUGUGGAGGCGAAGGAUAAGAAAAGGCAGUGA